AAUUCCUCUGAGAGAGAAGACUGUAAUAAUGAUGAGCCCCCUAGGAAGAUCAUUCCAGAGAAGAAUUCACUUAGACAGACCUACAACAGCUGUGCCAGACUCUGCUUAAACCAGGAAACAGUAUGUCUAGGAAGCACGGCUAUGAAGACUGAAAAUUGUGUGGCCAAAACAAAACUUGCCAAUGGCACUUCCAGUAUGAUUGUGCCCAAGCAAAGAAAACUGUCUGCAAGCUAUGAGAAGGAGAAGGAACUCUGCGUCAAGUAUUUUGAACAGUGGUCCGAGUCUGACCAGGUGGAGUUUGUGGAGCACCUCAUCUCCCAGAUGUGUCACUACCAGCACGGACAUAUAAACUCAUACCUCAAACCAAUGUUACAGCGGGACUUCAUCACUGCCCUGCCAGCUCGGGGAUUGGAUCACAUUGCUGAGAACAUUCUGUCAUACCUGGAUGCCAAAUCGUUAUGUGCUGCUGAACUGGUGUGCAAGGAGUGGUACCGGGUGACAUCGGAUGGCAUGCUGUGGAAGAAGCUCAUUGAAAGAAUGGUCAGGACAGACUCCCUGUGGAGGGGGUUGUCAGAGAGGAGAGGAUGGGGACAAUAUCUAUUUAAAAAUAAACCUCCUGAUGGGACUGCACCACCCAACUCCUUCUACAGAGCACUUUACCCCAAAAUUAUACAGGACAUAGAGACAAUAGAGUCAAACUGGCGGUGUGGAAGGCACAGUUUACAAAGGAUCCACUGCCGGAGUGAGACAAGCAAAGGGGUUUAUUGUUUACAGUAUGAUGAUCAGAAGAUAGUAAGUGGCCUACGAGACAAUACUAUUAAGAUCUGGGAUAAGAAUACAUUGGAAUGCAAGCGAAUUCUCACCGGACACACAGGCUCUGUCCUGUGCCUCCAGUAUGAUGAACGGGUGAUCAUUACUGGAUCUUCAGACUCAACAGUCAGGGUGUGGGACGUGAAUGCAGGCGAGAUGCUGAAUACACUGAUUCACCACUGCGAAGCAGUGCUGCACCUCCGCUUCAAUAACGGCAUGAUGGUGACAUGUUCCAAAGACCGUUCCAUUGCUGUGUGGGACAUGGCUUCACCGACAGACAUCACCCUGAGGAGGGUGCUAGUAGGGCACCGAGCUGCUGUCAACGUAGUGGACUUUGAUGACAAGUACAUUGUAUCAGCAUCAGGAGACAGAACUAUAAAGGUAUGGAACACUAGUACCUGCGAAUUUGUGCGCACCUUAAAUGGCCACAAACGAGGCAUUGCAUGUCUGCAGUACAGAGACAGACUAGUAGUGAGCGGCUCCUCAGAUAACACGAUCAGGCUGUGGGAUAUCGAGUGUGGGGCAUGUUUACGAGUACUGGAAGGCCAUGAAGAGUUGGUGAGAUGCAUACGCUUUGAUAACAAGAGGAUAGUCAGUGGGGCAUAUGAUGGGAAAAUUAAAGUAUGGGAUCUUGUGGCUGCUUUGGACCCCCGUGCUCCAGCAGGGACCCUCUGCUUGCGAACCCUUGUGGAGCAUUCUGGAAGAGUCUUUCGACUUCAGUUUGACGAGUUCCAGAUUGUCAGCAGCUCACACGAUGACACCAUCCUCAUCUGGGAUUUUCUGAAUGACCCAGCUGCCCAAGCAGAAUCCACUCGUUCCCCAUCCAGAACAUACACCUACAUCUCAAGAUAAAUAACACUACACUGUACCUCACACUCGCACAGGACUCAUUUAAGCUGCAGUAUUUAAAUUAUCUGCCAAUGCCAGGACAAAGAACUAUCCACGUAACCAAUACUUGCUGAAGAGAGAGGCUCUCAGACUUGUUUCUGGAACAAAGUUGGCAUGCGGUUGAUCUCAGACAGGGUCUACUCAGCGCGGCUGACUGCUAAAGUGCUGCUAUAUCAGAAGAUGACUUUUAUCUUUCAUGAACAGUUAACAUUUUUAAACCUUCCCA